UAGAUGAUAAGAUGGAACCACAGACAUGAUUUACCACUUAAAACAACUCAAACUUGAAGGUACUAAAACAAAAAACACCUUUUCAGAUUGAGUUAGCAUCAAACUCACUCUCGGCAGCAAGAAGAUCAGAGAAAUGGAGGGCAUUGCACACAGAACAGUGGAAGUAAAUGGCAUAAAAAUGCAUAUAGCAGAGAAAGGAGAGGGUCCUGUGGUGUUGUUCCUCCAUGGCUUUCCUGAACUCUGGUACUCAUGGCGUCACCAGAUCCUGGCUCUCAGCUCUAAAGGAUAUCACGCUGUUGCACCAGAUCUACGUGGCUUCGGUGACACUGAGGCACCAGCUUCAAUCAGCAGCUACACCUGCUUUCACAUAGUGGGUGAUCUGGUUGCGCUUAUAGACUCUCUGGGUGUCCAACAAGUCUUCCUUGUGGCUCAUGACUGGGGAGCCCUCAUAGGUUGGUACCUCUGCAUGUUUCGCCCCGACAGAGUCAAGGCCUAUGUCUGCCUCAGUGUUCCUCUUCUUCACAGAGACCCCAACAUCAGAACCGUCGAUGCCAUGCGUGCUAUGUACGGAGACGACUACUACAUCUACAGAUUUCAGAAACCAGGCGAAAUGGAGACUCAGAUGGCUGAAGUUGGGACUGAGUAUGUGUUGAAAAACAUUCUGACAACUAGAAAACCUGGUCCUCCGAUCCUUCCCAAGGGAGAGUAUGGAACCGGGUUCAAUCCGGAUAUGCCGAAUUCCUUACCCUCUUGGCUCACGGACGAUGAUCUUGCCUAUUACGUAUCCAAAUUUGAGAAAACAGGCUUCACAGGACCCUUGAACUAUUACAGAAAUUUGAACUUAAAUUGGGAGCUGACAGCACCAUGGAGUGGAGCAAAAAUCCAAGUGCCGGUAAAGUUCAUCACAGGUGAGUUUGACAUGGUGUACACCUCUCUGAACAUGAAGGAGUAUAUCCACGGUGGUGGUUUCAAACAUGAUGUGCCAAAUUUAGAAGAAGUGAUUGUGCAGAAAGAUGUAGCUCAUUUCAACAAUCAAGAAUCAGCAGAAGAAAUCGGUAAUUACAUAUACGAGUUUAUCAAGAAAUUAUAAUAUGAUGACAAAACGGAAUCAAAAUUGUUGAAGUUGUUGUGUUUUUAUUUUAUGCAAGUUAGUACUGAGGAACUCAGGUUACUUUUAAUUAUGCAGGACAUAUUGCAUAAAUAAGAAAAUGUAUUUUGAAUUAAAGAAUGUUGUAGUGUGUGAACAUACCAGAGAGAUUCAGCGUAAAAAAAUUCAUCGCAAA